AUGACUCCACAAAGUAGAAUUUCAACCGCAAAUUCAUCAGAAUACUUCUUCAGUUACAAGAGAAUGCACAAAGAGCAGUGUACCUGGGCAACUAUUCCACUGUCGAGGGCCCUCACUAAAGCAUCUUCAUCUAUAACACCACCACGCGCAACAUUAAUGAUACGCACUCCCUUUUUCAUCUUAGAAAAUGUAGUAUCGUUAAAUAUCUUGUUAGUUGUAGGGGUGAGAGGCAUAUGGAGAGAAACAAAAUCUGCAGUUGAAAUAGCUUCAUCAAACGACACUAAUUCCACACCAAUUGCAUGGGCUCUAUCAGCCGGGGCAUAUGGAUCAUGGGCAAUCACAGUCAUUCCAAGUCCUUUUGCACCUUUCAUGGACGCAUCAGCCUGCGCAACAUUUCGCGCCAUGGACGCAAGCAAAGCAAUCCCGUGCUCGGCGGCGGCAAUUGUGUUCGCUGUCGGGGCGUUCACCACCAAGCACCCGAACUCGGUGGCCGCCUGCAGAUCCACAUUAUCAAUCCCGACGCCGGCGCGUCCCACCACCUUGAGCUUCCGCCUAGCCGCCUCAAAAACCCGGCGUGUCACCUUCGUCCCGCUCCGCACAAUCAACGCGUCGCACUCCCCGAUCUUCGCGCACAGGUCCUCCGGCGACAGGUCGUACAGGCACUCGACAUUCCCGAACGAGCGGAGUAAAUCGAGCCCCGCCUCCCCGAGCUUCUCGGAGACCAAAAUGGUCGGCCUCGCCGAUUGGGACCCCGGAUCUGAACCUUCCCGGGCGUCGGGGGCCAAUUCCGAGGUUUGCUCUGUUUUGAGGACGCUGGGAACCGUGGCGGCGCGUGAGACGCUGAAAUUAGGGGCGAGAGUCAGCUUCGGGAGGGGGAUGGAGGGAUUGGAGAAGGGGAGGCGCGUGGGGAAAGGAUUUGAGGUUUGCUUGUGGGAUGGUGGCGUUUGGUUGUUGAGCUUAGUUGCAGAGGAAAUGGAAACGGCAGCCAUUUUCUUGUUUCAUCUGAAUUACAAACCCUUCUCCUCCGACCCUUCUUCGUCGACUCUUUCUCUUCAGCGUUCCUUGGAUACCCAACACUGUGCGUUGUACAUUUUGCAAGGAAGGGCAGACAAUACCCACGAUUCUUUUUCGUCUCAUCCGACGAUUGACGGGAGAGAAGUCCGUGCACCAACCAAGUCCCAUUCAGCAUUUCAAAGUCUAUGA